AGCAACGCAGUGUGGUAGCAACCUCUGACCUUAAUUUAUAAUACGCAAUCAAUUUUCACCUCGCAUUUAAAUUAUACAACAAUAUUGUUAAUGAAUUAUUCCUACGAAUUGAAUGUCGAGUCUUCGAUUUUUUUUUUUCGCAACAUUAUUAUAUAGAAAAUUGACUGAAUAUCCUAAGUGCGGGCUAUCGAACCAAAUUUGUUACUGGUUAAUCACAGUUUCAAGAAGUUUUUUUUUUAUCCAUCUAAGCACGACAAGAAACCAUUUAAUUGAGUCCCGAAUCUGAUUGUUAUUUCAUUUGUUUAUCCAAUUAUAUUUAUUUUCAAUACGCUCGGUCGUUAAAAAAAAUGUGAAAGAAUUAUGUCGAUCGAAUCGCAAAUGUUCGGUGCUCGAGGAGUUUCAAUGGACAUGGAGAAUUCUUGGGCAGCGCAAGGCUUGGCAUCGGCAAUUACGAAUCUGAAUAACAUGGCUCGCUUCCAGCAGAAACAGAUGCAGGAAAAAGAGCAAAAAUUGUUGCAACUCUACGACCAGCAACAGCAAAGAGCCUACCAAGUCGUCCAAAGAGGUAGCGCCGGAUCAAAUGGAUCUUCGUCCGUUUCUCAACAACAUUCCGUUACGAGAACAACGACAACGACCCACACGAGUAGCACGACUCAAGGAGGAAAGGUACGACAAAUGUUCGAUGAACGACGCCAGACGACCGUCAAAGGUAUCGACAGAAGUUACCCACUCGAACCAUUGGACAACAAAUCAAACAAAAAACAAAUAGAUAUUUCGAACAAUGGCCACGUACCUUCAAAAAAUCAUCAGAAUGGAACAGUAACGCGGCAAACUGUUACGGUCAGACGAACGGCGCGAGCUGACGUCAACAGCAACGUUAAUAAUGGAAAACCGAUCAUCUCUUACCACGAAGAGGUCAGUCGGGAGGGUUUCGAUAACGUUGAUAAUUUCGGUAACGAAAAUCGAAAUGGGAAAUACAUCGGCGGAAAUAAUCACGGCCAAAGUCAGAACGGAGUUCGAAUCGAGGAGAUACUCGACGAAGAUACGAUAGAGAGAAAUCGCAUGUUAGCGAAAAUUCAUUUGAUGGAGUAUGACAAAAAUCUCAGACACCGAGUCAACAACGAUCUCAACAACGAGCAAUUCCCGGAUGAUUUAAUGAUCGACGUACCCGAUAAACUUUUGCCGAGAAAACCUGCGGCGAGCACGAGGAAACUAUCACAAGCAGAAGCUAGACUGGAGAGAUUCAAAAAUUCCAACGCGAAGAGAAACAAUGCGGUCAUCAACACGACGACUAAUCGAUCCAAACGGUCGGAACCAAUGUUCCCAGCUUCUAAGCUCGCCAAUUCAAGAGCUCCCGCAUUGUCAAAAUCGAAGACGACGGAAGUAUCAAAAACGGUACGAUCGAAACCGGAACUUCUUGUGAAAUCCGUUCGAGCGAAAACCCCGGAACGAAUAGCUCUGAAGCCUUCCUCAAAGUCUGAAAUCUGCCCGGAGUAUUCAACGGUAGAACCCGACUUACCUGUGAGACCCCCUAGUUCAGCUUUGCCAAGUGAUGAAAAAGUUCAGUCCGCUGUGAAAGAAACGGAAAAGUCACAAACGUCCACCAAAUUCAUUGUCAGAAAUUUUCCCAGGGUGCAGAAAAGUCCCAGUCCAGAAACUACUGGUAGGAGGUCUGCAAACUCUAUCGUAAAAACAAAAGAGAGAAAAAGCUCUCCACCGUCACCGUCGAAGAGUCCCGAUACUCAGUCUCGGCAAUCCACCGGUGCUAGGAGUCCGGUUUCCAGGCCAACGAGAAGAUCGUCAGAUUUGGUUGGCGUGGAAAAAAGUCAGGAAAGAGUUAGCGCGGAAAGCGACUCGAAAUCGCAAUCAGAUGACGUAAUAAAAUCAGCAAUACCUUCACCGACGAUUCCCGAAAAACAUGCCAAACCCUCUGCGACGGUUAACGUCGACGCUGCCCCAAAAACUCAUAGAGAAUCCACGAGGAAAUUCUCAGCUGAGCGGUCAUCAUCGACACAAAAUCAAAGGCAAGCAUCUCCGACCGCAACUGUUAAUCUUUCUACUCGGCCUUCGUCGUCCCUUUCGACGGCCUCUAGCACCACAAGUUCAGCACGAGGGACUCCCUCUGCUGAUAAUCAAGCCCAGCGAAUGGCUACCAAGGUGAAAAAUCCCAACAGAUCAUCCGGGGCCACCUCUCCAUCGGCAAAAAAAGGUCCGAUGUCGGCUAGGAACGGACCUUCCACCGUGAGCAGCGAUGCUCUGGUGCCGUGCAAAGUGUGCGGACGUCGUUUUGCCGAUGACAGGAUAUCGUUACAUGAACGAAUCUGCUCGAAAACCGGUCAAAAGAAACGCAAACAGUUUGACACGGUUUUGCACCGCGUCCAAGGUACUGAAUUAGAAGCCUUUGCCAAAAAAAAUGCAACUCCUGCGGGACGUCAGGGAGAGCGCCGCGUAAAGGAAAAGAAGCCUGAAGUGAAGCCAAAGUCAAAUUGGCGCCGGAAGCACGAGGAUUUUAUCAACGCCAUUCGAUCCGCGAAGCAGGUGCAGGCUCAUCUGGCGGCUGGAGGAAAACUCAGCGACCUGCCACCGCCUCCAAUGAGUGAUACCAGCGAUUACAUCCAAUGCCCUCACUGCGGAAGGAAAUUCAAUCAGGGUGCAGCGGAACGACAUAUUCCAAAAUGCCAAAAUAUGAUGCACAAUAAACCCAACCCACGUGCACCACCGAAGCCAAAACGCUAGGGUAUUGAAAUUUUGGAGAAUUUUUUUGGUUCACGCAUUCCUUUCAUAAAAAUAUAUCCAAUACGAGCUUGUUUUUAUUUUACUCUGUGUAUUUUUUUUCAAUUCUAUUUUUUUAUUGUCAUUCUAUUCUUUAUUCUCGUAAUAAUUUAGGGGAGAGAUUUACACACGUAAUAAACGGGUUCCAGAAUUGACGAAAAAAAAAAACAAGUAACUCUGGCAGUAAAUUCUAGCAACUAUUUUCCGCUUGUUUAAUUUCCUAACAGCACGAAGGUGAACUUCUGAAUUUAAAAACUCAUUAUGUAUAAAUUGACGAGUAUCUUUGGGGGCCUAAGCUUACGUUAUCGAUGAUCCUAAUAUAACAUCGAUACCUACUACACAAUUUUGUGAUUGCCGUAAUCCUAAAAACGUAUAUAAAAUUAAUGAUCUUAGACAAGGAUGUUUUUGAGUACCGUUGAUACCUUACGACGAUGAUCAGUGAUUGUUAUUCCUUUUUUUUUUAAUUUUAAUGUUUUUAUUUUCACUUGGCUUACUCGUUGUUUCGCUCAAAAAAGGACAUUCGAUUCUGUUUGCUAUAUCACUUAUACCUAAAUCUAGUCCAUUUUAUCAAGCCGAAGGCUGAUAAAAAUUGGCGCCACAUGGAUGUAUGUAAUUAAUAAAAAAUUGAUAUUUAUUACACCACAUAUGUGAAAUAUGUUAUUUAUCUAUGCUGCUUCCAUUGAGUAACGUUUAUACUGCAUGAGUGACCAAUUGUUACUCACCUACAGGUUUUAUUAACUGAAAAUAAAUAAAAAAAGAAAAAUUAUUGAUACCAAAAAUGCAUAGUAAUCACUUUUUAUUGCUGAUAAUUUUUCAGGGGUGGUUUAAUUAAUUUGUAGAGUGUGGGUAGAAUCAUGUCAACAUGACGUCACUGAAAUAUGAUCAGCCGAGAGUUUGAAAUGAUCUCACAGCCUUGAUUGACAUGAAAUCUACCGAUUGAUAAUAAAAUCUACUUCUUUACUCUCAGUGGACCAUCAAUUUACAAUAUUGUAUUUUGAAAUAUUACUUCACUCGUCACCUCUACAGAUUUUUCUAUGGGGCUAUGGAGUUUGGACUGGUUCCUUCAAAUGACGAUUCAAGUAAGUCUCCCUUUCUAACGAUGUGGUGCCUAGUCACUUGAUUUGAUUUUACAAAUAUCGUGGGCACUGGGGCUUGGAUUACUCUGGAGUUUGGGUCUGCUUCAAAAGACCAUUUGGAGCCAAGGUAGGACUUCGCCUGGAAUUGGUAGCUGACAGACAAGAGUGCAAAUAGAAUAAUAAAUUUGGCCAUCUUCAAUAGCUUUGCUGUUAAUUUAAAUAAACUAGCUCCCCAAUAAAAGCAGACGUCGUUUUUAUAUCAGAGUGUGAUUACUGGAGUGUGAAAAAACAAACAUGUUAAUCCCACACAGUCAUGCCGACGAAAAAUCUCCUCACAACGUGAUAUUAUACGGAACGUUGUUGGGUAACGAGCAAACAGAAAUCGGUUGCGGGAUUCUUUGAAAACUGAAAAUAUUUGAUGGAUGUAAAUAUUAUCGAGUAUUUUACCUGCCUAUUGCGUCACAGUUAGAUAACCCACCGCCAAUACUGUGCACAUGUACUUUCAAUCUAAAAUCGCGUUUAAUUUUUUUCAUCAGUCGAGCGUUAUUAAUUAAAAUUCAAACGACAAAUAUUCCGAUACGAUCCUACAGCCAAAUUGUCACUAUGCAAAACCCUCCACAACUAAACUGAUCGUCACAAGAGUCUAAUGAAGCCGAAAACUGAAUCUGUUUUUCUCAUUUACGACACCACCUUGAUUUUAGCCAACUUUCAUCCCAGUAAAUCGGGCUCACAAUCGAACGACAAGUAUUUUCAACCCCCUGAGAAAAAAUGACACGUAACAAACUGUCGCAAACUUCAUGUCUCCCAAACAUAUGAAAUUCUAUCCUCUAAACUUGCUUCUGAGCAGGCCCCAUAUCUUUUUUCACCCCUACAGGAUCCUCUGCUUGAAAACCUCUUGAAAGUGCGUAUCUAUUAAUACCUAUUUCUUAUCCAUCUGUAUUGCAGCUGUGAAUAAUAGUCAACGUCAUACCCGCAAUUGUAUUCUUUACAAUUAUUUCAUUGGUCCAUCCUUAACUCGAAAAUCCUCUCACAUUCUGUUUUAGCCGAAAUCCAUUCCCUUCGAAAAUCAAAAUGGGAUCAACCUCUGAGCUAUCCAAUCGCAUGUGUCCUUAAAACAGAAUACAUUAGAUAAAAUUUUUACAGAGUAAUUAGCGAUAUUAUCCUUCAAAUUUGAUACAUCAGAUUAUAAAACUGGCGCCAAGAGACCAGAAACGUAGCGUCUAUACAUUAUUUCGAUAGCGAGAGAAUUUUUUAGCACUCGCUGUAGAACCAUAAUUAAGUGCUUCUCUCGUUGUUGUACAUGAUAUCGGUGUCAUAUAUCUCGUUUGAAAACAGAUGAAAAUACCUCUUAUUUCAUGUCGUCUGUAAAAAAAAGUGCUUGAUGUAACAUAAGGAGGGAUGAGAAGAAAAUUAGAGAUAUCAUGAGCCGUUCCAAAAUUGGAUCACGAUAACUUCACCGUAAAUAGCGCAAACCUUAUCUCAGGCCACCUUAGCGUAUACAAUAGCUAUAAGGAGAAACAAUGUAUGUUUGUGAUAUAUAUUUAUUGGCAAACGAUGACAGAAGCAUACAUAGCAGGUAUUUGGAGAAAACUCGGCGAAUUUUUUCCAAGUGAUCACAAUAAUCAGAUUUGCACCUAGCAACGGAACAAAUGUUGUCGCACUUCGAUAAGAAGUCGCAUCAUUGGAGAAAAUUACGAGCAGGAAAGAUGACGUACGUUAAACCCAUGGUGAGCACAAGGCUAUUCGUGUUAUGUGCAUGAAAAAAAGUCGGACUUUUCAAGAUUUUGGCGACGCAUUAGAAAACUUUCACCAAAAAAUGGAAAAGAAUUAACGUCAAAUAUUAAUUUGAAUCAUU